AUGAUAAAUUCGUAUGAAGCUAAGGAAGACGAAAGUACUAGGAGGCGGCAGCGAAAUGCUAAUAUCGCAGUGGUAUUUGAGAAUGGCACGCAAAGAGCGCGAGUGUGUGAGUUGAUGGAAGAGGAGGAGAAGCGAGCAAAAGCCGAAAGUGAAGAAGUGGCAGACUUGCGAGCUUUAAGUGCCAACUCUACGCGGGAAAGCUUUAGAAGUGUUUCUGCAGAAGCGAACGAAAGUCUCUCUAACGCACGCAAAACUCCCUUUUUGGAAAUCCAACCGACGCGGCCCAACGCGCUCUUCACAGCUGGCGCGAAACCCUCCUUCAAUAUACUCGAACAACUAAAACUGGAUGAAAUACGCGAUGCGCAAGAGCAGCUGCUACUCAAUUCAGGCCAACAGCUAAAGGCGCUUAGGAAGAAAAAGAAGAAAAAACGCAAGAAGAAUAAAAAGCAGAAACCCAUUGGCGAGCAAGCUACUAUUUUUUGGACUCAAUUAACAACAAAAAAACCACAUUAUAUCUAUCAUACAACAACAACAAAGGUGCCAAAGAAAAUCAAGUACAUCGUACGCAAAAAGAAUACGCUGAAAAAGAAGAAGAAAGAAUAUUUGAAUCACUUGAAACACGUACUCUACCCGUUCAUCAAGUUUAUCGCCUUCUUUACGGUACUCAAUCCAUUCACAUUGAAAGUUUUUAUAUUUGCGCUCAUUUCGCCGGUGAUUUUUGGAUUUUUAGGUUUUAUGGCGCUUAGUUUUAUGGUUAAACCGGCACUUCACCUCAUUUUCGAUGUUAAGAAGCGUGUGGACAUUAUUAAGCGUAAGCAGUGGCGUGAGAAAAAGCGGCGCGAACGUUGGCGCUAUGGCCGCCGGCCGAUUACUAUACACAAACACUACUACAAGAAUGUAGUUGCGCCGCAUCCACCGAAACCGAAACCGAAACCAAAACCGCCGAUACAUAUAUCGCAUGAACCGCCAAUACAUACUAUAUCGCAUGAACCGCCGAUACAUAUAUCGCAUGAACCGCCACACUUGUCGCAUCCGCCGCUCAAUUGGCCUGAAUGGGUGCGUGCCGAUCAAAUAGAUUUUAGACUAAAGCUUCAGUCGCAAAGACCAUCGGACGU